GGUGCCCACACUGCCACCCAUUCUGGGUUUGGAUUUUCUGCCAUCAUCUCUAAUUCACUGUCCACCCACUGUCUAACAGGGGGAUUCCAUGGUCGGCGGGCGUUGCAUGUCGAAGCAAAUUGCGUCAUAGGAGAUGAUUCAUUUCAUCUGAAUCCUGUCUAGCUGACUCAACCAAAAAAAAGUGAAGGCAAAGAGUUCGCCUUGUACGGGCCAUUAGUUCUCCUGAAAAUAAGAUUGGAAGAAACAAUUUGGUUGUACUCAACUAGAAGACUCGAAGUGAUUUCGGCAGAUAGAUGCCAGAAGGGUGCAUUUAGCUGAGAGUCGUAGAAUCAAAAUCGUGAUUUUUCUCUAUAGAAGCAGGCGGUUUGAGAAUGCACUGCAGUUGUUUGGGGAAAUUCCUGUGAGAACUGAGAAGCUAAAGCACUUACAGAAAGAGAAAACAAAAGAUGGUCCCGAAGUCACUCCAAGCAUUGCGUAAAGGCGCCGCCGUCACUUUAGGAGGAUUUGUCACUGUCAAUGUUGCUGCCUCUGCUGCUGUUGCUGUAUUUCGCUAUGUUGUUGAAGAGAAACGGAAAAAGUUUGCAUUGCCUUGUGGGGUUUGUAAGGGGAAAGGGUUUUACAUAUGCAAGCUAUGCCAGGGGAAUGCUACUAUAAAGUGGUCACCUUUGUAUGAUCCCAUUGAUAUAAACCCUUGCGUUUGCCCUACAUGUGAAGGAAACAGGGUCCAGCGCUGCCUGAAUUGUCUUGGAAAGGGCUAUAGUUGACUUGUAAAGAGUUGCAGUACUGGUUUGGUGGCAUUAAACAUUCCUACAUCUGCAGUUCAGUUUCGGAGUGAAUAAUUUUCUGAUAUAUAUCAUUCUACAUUGGUAAUCAGUAUAUAGAAACUGUGUAUGGAAUUAUGCUAAUGAUUAACGAUCAUUAUUAUUUGGUAAUCUUGCUGUGGUUCAUAAUUUAUACUUAAGUCAGAAUGGUUAUUAGAUGACUGCUGUUAGUUACCUGUAUCAAUGAUUGGAAUAUUUUGAUAGCUACUAACAUGGUGCUUAAACUUUGAC